UUGGUUUCACUCUCAAUUACUACUAGAAUCAUCAUCUAUUUAACACCUCUUUCCCUUUUAUCAUCUUCUAUUCCCCCCUCUCUCUCUCUUCCCUAUCUCCCUUUAUGUGCUCAGAAAUCCACCAGUUUUCGCCAUUUCUGAGGAAGAUGUCUGUCUCUUCCCUAUCCUUUGAGAGAAAAGCGAAAUUCAGCAUCUCAGAAACUACUCAAAAUGGGGUUGAAGAAGAGAAAGGAAGAGUAAAUCUCGAAAUCGAGAAGAAAGAAGACGAGAGCGGUGAAGCUGCAGCCACAGUUUCUCACGACGACGACGAAGACGGCUUCAAAACUCCGACCUCCUCCGAUCACAGAAUCCCGCCGAUCACGGAGUGCCCGCCGGCGCCAACGAAGCCCCGCCCGCCGCCGCUGAGACUGAAGCGAAAAAGCUCCCAACCGGCCGAGAUCGAAUCCAUAUUCCGCUCCAUCGCUACCGAUCAAGACGACACGCAACACCGUAAAAUCAAGAAAGCUCGAACCGACGAUCACGACCGAUCGUGAAUCAAUUGAAGUUUAGUUUAAUGUUGUAAUGUGCUCUCAAAAUUCAUGAUCAUAUCAUAUGGUUGUAAAAGUUUAAUGUAUUUUCAAUGAGUUGAAUAUGAUCUAGAUACUAAAAAGGUGAACAUUUCUAGCAUAGGCUAGGAAAUAGAGGUGACAAGGACUUGUAAACUUAUUUUCUUAGCUUAUGUUGUGAAAAGUAGGCUACAUAUCACACAAUCUUUUUUCUAUUGAUUUUAUUUGUGAUCUUGAUUUGGAAAAUUUAAAUAUUUAGCCCAAUAGAAAGCUUGG